CGCAUCACUGGUCAUUUGGCGACGUGUACCCGGUGUGUGGAAGCGUCCGGGCAUCUCACCUCUGCAGGGUAAACAAGCUGCCAUAAAAACCCAAACGGCCUUAAAACAGCGAGACCAUGGGAGGAUCGCAGAGCGUGGAGAUACCGGGGGGAGGCUCAGAGGGCUACCACGUCCUCCGGGUUCAGGAGAACUCGCCUGGACACCGAGCAGGACUGGAGCCUUUCUUCGACUUCAUCGUCUCCAUCAAUAACACCAGACUGAACAAAGACAACGACACCUUGAAGGACUUGCUCAAAGCCAGCGUGGAGAAACCAGUCAAGAUGCUGGUUUACUCCUCAAAGACCCUGGAGCUGCGGGAGUCCACGGUGACGCCCAGCAACCUGUGGGGGGGCCAGGGUCUGCUCGGUGUGUCGAUUCGCUUCUGCAGCUUUGAGGGGGCCAAUGAGAAUGUUUGGCACGUGCUGGAAGUGGAGCCUAACUCUCCAGCGGCCCUCGCUGGCUUGCGGCCGCACACUGACUACAUCAUCGGAGCGGACACAGUUAUGAAUGAGACCGAGGACCUUUUCUCUCUGAUAGAGAGCCACGAGGGGAAGGGUCUGAAGCUCUAUGUGUACAACACAGACACAGACAACUGCCGAGAGGUGGUCAUCACACCAAACAGUGCCUGGGGAGGAGAGGGCAGCCUUGGGUGUGGCAUCGGCUACGGAUACCUCCACAGGAUCCCCACCCGGCCUUUUGAGGAGGGGAAGAAGAUCAGCUUCCCUGGAAACUCUCCCAGUGAACCUGUCAGUCCGCUGAAGGAUGGAUUCACCGAGGUCCAGCUCUCAGCGGUGACCCCCCCCACCACCGCGUCCGCUGUCCCACCUGGACUCGAAGACUCCCUCUCCAGCCUGUCCAUCAGCUCAGCCCCGCCCACCAUGCCCAGCGAGCUGCAGACGGGUUUGCCUACUGUCCCUCUGCUGCCCUCUUCCACGAAUCCCUCCCUCAGCCCCCUCGCUCCGCUCAAUCCUGCUGCCGCUAGCUUCAACCCCGCCACCACGCUACCAGGGCUGAUGCCUCUCCCAGGCGGCUUACCUCCACUCCCUCACCUUCCCAACCUGAACCUGCCACUCCCAGACCUCAGUGCCGUGUCACUACCGGGCGCCGGCGCCUUACCAGCAGGAACCACAGUCCCAUCUCUGGCACCACUCCCACCCCUGAACAUACCCGGUCUGGCCCCGUUGCCCCCUCUGCCCACCAUGCUGCCCUCCCAGUUGCCUCCUCUUCUCUCUCAGGGCGUGACCCCCCUCCUGCCCACCUCCACCUCCGCCCCCGCAGCCUCCGUCACAGUCACAGCUGCGCCCGCGGCCGACGUCACAGCCCCCACAGAUGCUCUCCCCGCCAACACGGAAUCCCUCGCCCCUACGGAAACGACGACGUCGUCGUAAUGUGGGACACGACGUAAUCGCCAUCAAACAAAAACACACCUGGUUUCUCUCUUUCUCCCAUCUGUCUUUCUGUGUGUGUGUGUGUUUUUUUUUUUUUUUUUAUUUAUUUGGCCGAGAGGGACAAGCAGACAGACGCUACAGUUCAGACACAUGGGUCAGCACACUCCGGUUAGUGGUCAGGAAGCUUGUGUGGAUGGACGAGGGAUGUGAAGAGUGGGGGACGGGGGUGGACCGGUCUGACCAUCGUGUCUGCGUUGCCACAUUGUCAUUAGGCUGAGGAAAUGGUAGCACUGCAGCUUGUCUGAGCUACUGUAUGAUGAGGAUGAGGUCUACUCUUCGUUUGUAGUUUGCUUUGCACUUCAGCGGUUACAGUGAGGCAAAGAAAUGAUUUCCCCCUUUCUGAUCUGGAAAUGCUCCGUUUCAAUUCUGUUUUUAUAACCAGUGGAUGUUAAUGGAGCUGGGCGAUAAACACAAUUUACUGAAUCCUACAUAAUUCAGAUGAGGGCAGCAGUUAUAUAACUUGUGGUGUUAGAAGAAAUCCAGAGAUUAAUAUUAAAAUUUAAACUUGAUUAUGACUUCAUCGAGGUUUAGACUUUGUCUUAUCAUCCAGCUCUAAAAUAUAACCUUUAUAUUAGUUACUAGACCCCUGACCUGUAGGUUAUUUGAUUCAUUUUUGUUGAAAUUGCUGUAUGUCUCCACCCAAUGAAUGAACCUGCAUUAUUUUGCACCAGCUUUGUGUUUUGAAAUGAUUAGUCUCCCUGUAUGUAUCCAUGUAUAUCCGGAACUCUAUAGUAAACACCAUCUCAGCCACACAGUCGAUACCAGCCUGAGGGCCAUGCCAGAGGAGACACACGAGCCACUGAGCGGAGUGUUGGGUGACUGAGUUUAGGCUGAAACAUGGCCGCGAGGUUAUUGAUUACACAGCUCAGCCUCAGUCGAUGGCAUCGGUUGGCAGUGCUGUAGUACAGCCACAAGGUGUCACUGUUACUGAACCUUCUGAAAUCAUCUACAGUAUGCACAGUGCAAGCAAUAAAGCCAAAUGAAUUUUA